AGUCAUACAUUUUUCAGCACACUACUACCACACUACUACUAGCAUCUCAGCCCUCCUCAGCCCGACAUGGACAUACUCACCCAAAUGACCACUUACACCGUGACAGGCGCAAUCAUGGGACAAUGGCUUCUUGGCAUGAGUACGAUGAUCACCGCCAUACUCCUCUUCCUCCUAUCCUAUGUCCGAGCAGCAUCAUCGCACAGUUCCGUCCGUAUCUUUGGCUGGCUUCCCCGGGAGUUGCUGGGACAAGCCGGCAUAGCGAUGGGCCUGACACUCUUUGACUAUCUAUACUUUAUCUUCCGCAAUAUGCGAUGCCUGGACGGAAUCGUCAAUAACGACCAAACGAAUGUAGCACUCGCAAUGUACUAUCUGGACGCGACGAACUGGAGGUUUAUCGGCUCGGUCGUGACCUGGGAAUGGAAGACGGCAUUUGCGGAUUGUGUGAUGCUUUUCCGGGCGGUCAAGUUAUUCCGGAACAAUGAUCGUCUUGGAGGACAGCAUGGGUACUUUGGCGUGCUGGCAUUAUUGCUGCUGCUGUACUUGGGUACCAUCGCGGCCGGCAUCGUCACCUGGGUCGGUUUGUUCCGUCCCGCAGCUGCAACAUUCGACGACCUCCUGGAGCACAGCGCCACGUUCUUCAUGUCCAUUCACUGCGGUUACAAUGUCCUAGUAACCCUGCUCAUCUCCUUCGUCUAUUGGCGCGCCAUGAGUCACCAGUUCAAGAUGAUGACCGUGGCCCAGAUCGCCCUCAGGUCGUUCUCCGCCGGGAACAUGCUAUACACUAUCGUCAUCACCGUCCUGGUGGUUCUGUAUCAGAAACAACUGCUCUUUGUCUAUUUCUGGUAUGACAUCACCCAGCCGCUGAUGACAAUGUCCUUCACCGUGCCGAUGCUUCUCACCGCUUUUGUCCGCAUCCUGCCGAUAGCAAGCUCGAUGAAGUCCACUAAUAUGAACGCAGUACGCCCUGCUGCGGCAGGAAUAUCUGUCUCGAUGCGACGAGAACACAACUUGGAAGAAAGUCUAGGGACAGAUGGAAGCUCAAGCCUGCCUAUGAGUUCUAUUCUCACGGUUCAGGAUCAGGCGAAGGAAAAGGCGUUGGAAUCGCAGGAUGAUUUGAAGACCAUUGACUGAAUGGCUGCUCUUGCGACGUCAUGUGUGUUAGGGCUUGUGACGAAGGGGAUAAGAGUAAUCGCGGACUCGUGCAGGGCUGGAUGUAUCACGCAUGAGCAGACACGCAAAACUUUGUGGUGCCCUUGAUCGCCGUCACUUUUCUAUCGUGGAUUGAACUAUAUAUCAAUAGUGUAUUUU